ACUUACAGAACAUUUCUUCAUUUUGAUUCGAGGUGUCUAAGAGAGCUGAGCCCAGUGUGGCACCUCUGAGACUCUGCACCAUGCCCCCCAAGUUGCAGGGCAUUCUCCCAGCCCUGUACCUCCUGGGGGUCUUGAUCCUACUGCUGUGCCCCUCAGGCCUGUGUGAUUGCAGAAUACCUCCUCGUCUCACCCAUGGAUCCCAUCAUGACAUAAGUUCAUUUUUCUCCUUUACGACUGUGGUGCACUAUGAAUGUGAUGAAGGAUAUGUUCUGGUUGGAGACCCCCAAAUCACCUGCAGAAGUUCACAAUGGUCAUCUCCAGCCCCUCAGUGUAAAGCGCUGUGUCUGAAACCAGAGGUAGAAAAUGGGAAGCUGUCUGAGAAUAAAGAUCUGUUUAUUGAGUCUGAAAAUGUCACCAUCCAGUGUGACUCUGGCUACGGUGUGGUCAACUCUCAGAACAUCACCUGCUCUGAAAACAGGACCUGGUACCCAGAGGUGCCCAAGUGUGAGUGGGAAGUCCAUAAUGGCUGUGGGCAAGUGGUAGAAGGCAGCAAACUCAUGCAGUGUCUCCCAAGCCCCACGGACGUGAAAAUGGCCCUGGAGGUGUACAAACUGUCUCUGGAGAUUAAACGACUCAAGCAAGAGUAAGACUUGAAGAGGAACACCCGUUAGAAAUCAAUACAACAUAAACCGAUGAACAAAAACAGAUCUAGAGACAGGAAGCAUCGAU